UAGGAAGUCCAGGAAGUCGAGCAUUGGGGCGACCCUUUCAUGGCCUUGAGGCUCCCUGUGACUUCGAGCAUUUCGAUGUCGCAGACGCUGACCCCAACGCUGACCCCGCUGAAGCAAGUCUCUCCCAUGUGGAGCUCCGUUACGAGCUUCACUGCGACGGCAGCCGCGUUCCUUGGGCUGAAGUCGCCGCGCUGGAGCAAGACCGGGAUCCCGACCUGGAACUCAAGGACGAUCAACUUGGACUAUGACGAAAAGAUCCUGCAGCAGCAAUUUGCCUCCGCGAUCCAAGGUGCAACGUUCCAGCGCCAGCACCUCAUAAUGCUUGCAGCUGGCUUUUGUUCCUUCUUCAGCCUCGGCGCUCUCAAUGACCCCGUUGGCCUUGCCUUUCCAGGGUUCCAGGAGGAGUGGGGCCCUCUGGCGCCAAACGCCCUGGCAGCCGCUGCGUCCUGUUCCACUCUGGGCCAGACGGUGGCGCUUCUCAUGGCGGGGAGCCUGGCGGACCGCUUGGGGCGCCGCACCGUGGCGCGGCUCGGCACUUUGCUGGGCCUUUGCGGGGUCUUGACGUGCUUUUCCGCUCCGUCGCUGCAAGCCCUGUCCAUGGGCCGUUUCAUGGGUGGCUUUGGGCUGGGUGCCACCUUGGUGGCGUUGCCCACGCUGCUUACUGAGUGCUUCCCUCAGUCGCACUCGCGGCUGCUGGUGACUUACCAAUGCGCGUGGCCCCUCGCGGCCUUUUGCUACGCCAUAUGGAUGCAGCGCUUCGGCUGGCGGGCCGCCACCGGCGCCUCGCUGCCGGUGCUGGCGGCGCUCCUCGUCCUCACUGCGCUGCUCGCGGAAUCCCCGCGCAAUCUCUUGGCCCGGGGCCACCUCCGUGAGGCCGAGAAGCAGCUGAAGCGCUUGGGCGCCAACCUCAAUGAGCGACGUGACUCCUCUGAAGAGGUGGUCAAAGCUAGUGGCAUCACUGCAAACUGGCGCCUGUAUCUGCGGUUCUUGGUCUGUUUCUUCCUGUGCGGCAUGGCGUCGCAGCUGGUGAAGGUGUGGCUGCCCACCAUCAUGUCCCGCUUCGGGCGCAGUGGUGGGUCCGGCGGCGCCUUUGUGCUGAUGUGGGGCGUGGAGGCGGUGGGCAUCAUUUCUAUGGCGCUGAUGUUUGGGGGGCAGACGACCAGCAAGAAGGAACCCGUGUCAACCGCACUCGAGGGGCAGCUGAGGGUGUGCUGUCUCAGCUUUUUCCUGGCCUGCAACUGCGUGAUGGCCAUCCUGGAAGUCGAGAACCUGUCCGUCAUCGGAGUCCUGGGGGGUGUGCACCUUGUGUCGCAGGCGGCUGCGUUCAACUUUCUUUUCCCCUUCGCGUCCUCUACCUUCGAGCCUGCAGUGCGUGGUCGACUGGUCGCAGGGCUUCUCUUGGCAUCGCAAGUGGGCUGCUUCGUGGGGCCGUUGGUGGGAUCCGCGAUUCUCCAGGCCACUUCAUGGCCAUGGCCUUGAGAACUUGAGGGUCUUGACUGGAAUGAACAAGGUUCCGAGUGUGAGCCUUGCAAAGCAGCCAGGCGAGCACUGGCCCCUUCUCCGGAACCGUGUCCUUGUGCACAGCUGGCGCAGCUUACUUCAUUGGCUCCAUGUUGGUCCGAGGCCUGAUGCGAAGACUUGCAGGCAGAAAGCGUUGAAAGAGCCGAAUUCUUUGCUAGGUUGCUAGGGCAAGGUGAAACGCUUGGAUCAUGCCACAGGCAUAAGACAAGUGUGACCCGGCUUAAACAGCCCGGCCCACCGCUCUAGAAUCUAUGAGGAUCACCCAAGGCUACAGUUACACUUUGGUGCAUUUGGCUGUCUUGCAGCAUUUUAGCUGUUGCCGAGCUUGCGGCUGUUUGCUCUUUCCAGUGACUGGCCUGAAACGCGGUGCCCAGAUCCUCCUAAUCCCGAUAGAUUUUUGUUCGAAUUCACAGGCCGUAGGCCUUGCACCUGCAAGGCGAGGCGUGGGGCCGCAUGGGGCCUUUGGGCCUCUGGGCUGGGUACCCUGAAGUCUUUUAGGAGAGAGGAGCGAUAGCGAUAGUAGCGAUAGUCGGGCUUGGAGAUUCGCUCCGAGUUUUCGGCUGCAAGCAACUUGCGUACAGUGUCACGGACCCCGAAAGACAUUUGAGCCGCAAUCAACACUUGAAAUCCUUGCA